AUGGAUAUGGAACUGAAGACGGGUGCUGUUCGUUUGAAUUUUGAAAGGACAGAAGCAUGGAUCGACAAAAACGAGCGUGCAGCCGCCACAAUUGGUUACUUGGUGGAGAGCAGCCAAUUGCAACUCAUCAAGAACACCUCGUCUGCCAGAGAAUUGUGGGACAUUCUUCAUGACUAUCACGUGAAGCAAACAUCGGCUGGGAGAGUAGUAUUAUUGAAGCGUAUGAGUCGGUUAGAGCUGGAAGAGAACGGUAAUGUAGAAGAACAUUUGAUCGCAAUGGACGCGAUGUAUGACAAGCUGGCGGAAGUAGGAUGUGACAUGGCAGAUGAGUUGAAAGGUGCUUUCAUACUGGCGAGUUUACCAGAGUCAUAUGAGGGUCUUGUAAAGGUAAUGGAAGGCAUAGAUGGAGGAUAA